AGCUGAUUUGCUGCAGCGGCGGCGGCGGCGGCGGCGGCGGCGGCGGUGGAGGCGGCAACGGGUGCCUCGCAGCCGCGCUAGCGAGGCGGAGGCUGGGCUGGGGUUCCAGUCCGAAGUUUCCGCGCCCGGGUUUGCCCACCCGGCGUCCUGCCCGGACACGUCCCCGCCUGGUCCUCUUGGCCGGAGGGACGGGAAAUAGCCAGGCACAUGAUGAGGCUGUGACAGGUUUGCCGGCAGGAUGGCAGGAAACAGCCUCGUGCUGCCCAUCGUCCUGUGGGGCCGCAGAGCCCCGACACACUGCAUCUCAGCUGUGCUGCUGACGGAUGAUGGGGCCACAGUCGCGACCGGCUGCCACGACGGGCAGAUAUGCCUCUGGGACCUCUCCGUGGACUUGGACGUCAAUCCUCGAGCUCUGUUGUUUGGUCACACAGCAUCAAUCACCUGUUUGUCUAAAGCUUGUGCGUCUAGUGACAAACAGUAUAUUGUGAGCGCAUCUGAGAGUGGGGAGAUGUGCCUCUGGGACGUGAAUGAUGGCAGAUGUAUUGAAUUUACAAAAUUAGCUUGCACACAUACUGGCAUACAGUUCUAUCAGUUCUCUGUUGGAAGUCAGAGAGAAGGAAGGCUUCUGUGCCAUGGUCAUUAUCCUGAAAUCCUUGUGGUGGAUGCCACCAGCCUUGAAGUGUUGUACUCCUUAGUCUCAAAGAUCUCUCCAGACUGGAUCAGCUCCAUGAGUAUUAUUCGAUCCCACCGAACACAAGAGGACACCGUGGUGGCACUCUCAGUGACGGGCAUCUUGAAGGUGUGGAUUGUCACCUCGGAAAUAAGUGACCUGCAGGAUACUGAGCCAAUAUUUGAGGAAGAAUCCAAACCGAUUUACUGUCAGAAUUGCCAAAGCAUCUCUUUCUGUGCGUUCACACAAAGGUCACUUUUGGUGGUGUGCUCCAAGUAUUGGAGGGUAUUUGAUGCUGGAGACUACUCCCUGUUGUGCUCGGGUCCGAGUGAAAACGGGCAGACGUGGACGGGAGGUGACUUUGUCUCAGCUGAUAAAGUCAUCAUCUGGACUGAAAAUGGGCAGAGUUAUAUUUACAAACUACCUGCCAGUUGCCUUCCAGCUAGUGAUUCAUUCCGCAGUGAUGUGGGGAAAGCAGUUGAAAAUUUAAUUCCUCCAGUACAACAUAGCCUAUUGGAUCGGACAGAUAAAGAGUUGCUAAUUUGUCCUCCUGUGACUCGAUUCUUCUAUGGAUGCAAAGAAUACUUCCACAAACUAUUAAUUCAGGGUGAUUCUUCUGGAAGAUUGAAUAUUUGGAACAUAUCAGACACACCUGAUAAACCAGAAGGGCUGGAGAUGACCACGUCUAUUAGUUUGCAAGAAGCAUUUGAUAAACUGAGUCCAUGUCCUGCUGGAAUUAUAGAUCAGCUGAGCGUGAUCCCCAAUAGUAACGAACCUCUUAAGGUGACGGCAAGUGUGUACAUACCAGCCCACGGACGACUCGUCUGUGGCCGUGAAGACGGAAGCAUCGUUAUUGUCCCCGCCACACAGACGGCCAUAGUGCAGCUGCUGCAAGGCGAGCACAUGCUCCGCAGAGGCUGGCCGCCUCACAGGACACUCCGUGGCCAUCGGAACAAAGUCACGUGUUUGCUGUAUGCUCAUCAGGUCUCAGCCCGUUAUGAUCAAAGAUAUCUCAUAUCUGGAGGCGUGGAUUUCUCGGUCAUCAUUUGGGACAUAUUUUCUGGAGAAAUGAAACAUAUCUUCUGUGUCCAUGGUGGCGAGAUCACUCAGCUUCUAGUUCCACCUGAAAACUGUAGUGCAAGAGUGCAGCACUGCAUCUGUUCUGUAGCCAGUGACCACUCAGUUGGACUUCUAAGUUUGCGAGAGAAAAAAUGCAUUAUGCUGGCGUCUCGUCAUCUUUUCCCCAUUCAAGUAAUCAAGUGGAGGCCUUCUGACGAUUACCUAGUAGUGGGAUGUUCAGACGGCUCCGUGUAUGUCUGGCAAAUGGAUACUGGAGCGCUGGACCGGUGUGUGAUGGGGAUCACGGCUGUGGAGAUCCUGAACGCCUGCGAUGAGGCAGCCCCUGCUGCCGUCGACUCGCUGAGCCACCCGGCGAUCAACCUCAAGCAGGCCAUGACACGCCGCAGCCUCGCUGCUCUGAAGAACAUGGCCCACCACAAGCUGCAGACUCUGGCCACUAACCUCUUGGCUUCUGAGGCAUCUGACAAAGGAAAUUUACCUAAAUAUUCUCAUAACUCCCUGAUGGUUCAAGCAAUAAAGACAAACCUAACAGACCCGGACAUUCACGUGCUCUUCUUUGAUGUGGAAGCGCUGAUUAUUCAGCUCUUGACUGAAGAAGCCUCUAGGCCGAACACGACGCUUAUUUCCCCAGAGAAUCUGCAGAAAGCAUCUGGCAGUUCAGACAAAGGGGGCUCUUUUCUAACUGGAAAACGAGCAGCAGUCCUCUUCCAACAAGUGAAGGAAACCAUCAAAGAGAACAUAAAAGAGCACCUCCUGGACGACGAAGACGAGGAUGAAGAGGCGGUGCGGCAGAGGCGGGAGGACAGCGACCCUGAGUAUCGGGCCAGCAAGUCCAAGCCGCUGACCCUGCUGGAGUAUAACCUGACGAUGGACACCGCCAAGUUGUUCAUGUCCUGCCUCCACGCCUGGGGUUUGAAUGAGGUCCUGGACGAAGUGUGUCUCGACCGCCUGGGGAUGCUGAAACCCCACUGCACAGUGUCGUUUGGCCUCUUAUCGCGAGGAGGUCACAUGUCCCUGAUGCUUCCGGGUUAUAACCAGGCGGCUUGUAAACUGUCCCGCGGGAAAGCUGAAGUGGGAAGGAAGCUGGCGGCCACCGAGGGCGUCGGGAAGGGGACCUACGGCUUGUCCCGGGCCGUCACCACGCAGCAUCUCCUGUCUGUCAUAUCUUUGGCAAACACCUUGAUGAGUAUGACCAACGCAACUUUUAUUGGUGAUCAUAUGAAGAAGGGCCCUACCAGGCCACCUAGACCAAGCACCCCAGACCUUUCUAAGGCAAGGGGUUCCCCUGCAACUUCCAGUCUUAUUGUGCAAGGACAGAUUAAACAAGUGGCUGCACCUGUCGUUUCCGCUCGGUCUGAGGCUGAUCAGUCUGGCUCUGACCCUGCUUCCACUCCUGCUUUACAUACCUGUUUCUUAGUAAAUGAAGGAUGGAGUCAGUUGGCUGCCAUGCAUUGCGUUAUGCUGCCAGAUCUCCUGGGACUGGACAAGUUCAGGCCCCCGCUUCUAGAGAUGCUGGCUCGGAGAUGGCAAGAUCGAUGCUUGGAGGUCAGAGAAGCUGCACAAGCCCUGCUUCUAGCUGAACUGAGAAGAAUUGAGCAGGCGGGACGGAAGGAGGCCAUUGAUACCUGGGCUCCUUACUUACCUCAGUACAUGGACCACGUCAUAUCACCGGGGGUCUCAGCAGAAGCCAUGCAGACGAUCACCACUGCUCCUGAUGCCUCCGGGCCAGAAGCCAAAGUCCAAGAGGAGGAGCAUGACCUUGUGGAUGAUGACAUCACGACUGGUUGCUUAUCAAGUGUCCCACAAAUGAAGAAAAUUUCCACAUCUUAUGAGGAAAGACGGAAGCAAGCUACUGCUAUUGUUUUACUAGGAGUAAUAGGAGCUGAAUUUGGUGCUGAAAUUGAACCUCCUAAACUAUUGACCAGACCUCGAAGCUCUAGUCAGAUUCCUGAAGGAUUUGGUUUGACUAGCGGUGGAUCCAACUACUCACUGGCCAGGCACACAUGUAAGGCCCUGACGUUUCUUCUGCUGCAGCCACCAAGCCCUAAGCUUCCUCCACAUAGUACCAUCCGCAGAACAGCCAUUGAUCUGAUUGGACGUGGUUUCACAGUCUGGGAACCUUACAUGGAUGUGUCUGCUGUCCUUAUGGGGCUUCUCGAACUUUGUGCUGAUGCCGAGAAACAACUUGCCAACAUCACAAUGGGGCUGCCUUUGAGCCCUGCCGCCGACUCCGCCCGCUCCGCCCGGCAUGCCCUCUCCCUCAUUGCCACGGCCAGACCACCCGCCUUCAUCACCACCAUCGCCAAAGAGGUGCACAGACACACUGCUCUCGCUGCAAACACCCAGUCUCAACAGAAUAUGCACACCACCACUCUUGCCCGAGCGAAAGGGGAGAUUCUGAGAGUCAUUGAAAUUCUUAUCGAAAAGAUGCCCACAGAUGUCGUGGACCUUCUUGUGGAGGUUAUGGACAUCAUUAUGUACUGCCUCGAAGGAUCUUUAGUUAAAAAGAAAGGUCUUCAGGAAUGUUUUCCAGCCAUCUGCAGGUUCUACAUGGUCAGCUAUUAUGAGCGGAAUCACAGAAUAGCCGUUGGAGCUCGCCACGGUUCAGUGGCCCUGUACGACAUUCGGACUGGAAAAUGUCAGACAAUCCAUGGACACAAGGGACCGAUCACCGCAGUGGCCUUUGCCCCGGAUGGACGGUAUCUUGCCACCUACUCGAACACGGACAGCCACAUUUCUUUCUGGCAGAUGAACACGUCCCUGCUGGGGAGCAUCGGCAUGCUGAACUCAGCACCCCAGCUGCGCUGCAUCAAGACCUACCAGGUGCCCCCGGUGCAGCCCGCCUCCCCCGGCUCGCACAACGCCCUGCGGCUGGCCCGGCUCAUCUGGACCUCGAACCGCAACGUCAUCCUCAUGGCGCACGACGGCAAGGAGCACCGCUUCAUGGUCUAGCGCUGCGGCCCUCGAGCUCCGUCUCCCAGGUCUCCAAGCCCAGAGCCCCCCUCCCUCGGCGCCCGCCCCCACCCCGCGCCAGGGUCAUCGGGGGCAGCAGGGUCUGUGUCCUCCCGCCCCCACCCCUGCACCGGGAGGGGCGGCUGGCGGUCCUGUUGCUCAGGGCGCCGGGAGCCCGAAAAUCAAUAACCGCUGUGAUUGCACUGCCAGCGCAGAUCAGCAGUUUCCGAGCGCUGAACCCCACCUCCGAACGUGGUGGGGACCUGGUCAUUCUGACAUUGGGUUUUAUGGUCGCGUGGCAGUCCUAAUCAUUGACGCUAUUUUCCUUUGGAUUUCCUAAAAGAUGCUAUUGUUUACCAGAAGGAUUCUGUGUUUACACGAUCUCUCUUUUUUUUCCCUUUCUGGGAGAUUGCUCGGAAAUUACUCAAUUCAAUUUCCUAGGGUUUAGCCACUACCUUGUUUAGUAACAACUAACCAAUUGGAGAUUAAUGAGAAAAUACACACACACACACACAUGCACAGAUUUUCAUGGAGAAUAGUUUCCUGGACACCCAGCCUUCCAAAAUGCUCAUAUCCUGCUCAAAUGAUGCUAUAUUUGGUUAAAAAUCAAGAUCAUCACUCCUGAAGAUCUAGUUAAUAUAAUCAUCCAGUCACUAGAACUAAUUUCUGAAAUGGACUUUUGUAAUAAAGAUCCAAGUUUGGAAGCAUAGCAUACGCCUGAAAAGAAGAUUCUUGUGUCUAUAGCUACAGAUCUUUUUAAGAAGGAGCUUACCCCUUCCUUCUAGAAACUUCACAGACCUGCAGUUCCCAUAUGUCAGCUAUCAUUUAAUAGUUACAGUUCAGCCUUCAAACCACUACUGACCAGUUAAAGGAAAGCCAAGACAAUAUUUCUUUUAAACAUGUGUCCUAGAAAAUAACUAUGGCACAGGCAUUUGGGAGUAUACAGUCACCCUCAGUGUCUGCAGGGCAUCAGUUCUAGGACCCCCAAGGAUACCAAAGCCCACAUGUACUCAAGUCCCUGGUAUAAAAUGGCAGAGUACACAAAGGGCUGGCUGUAUAUACACCUGUGGGGGGCUCAGUCAAUCUGAACAAGCCUUGCCGUGAGGGUGUUCAUCACACUUCUAAGUAAACUUUAACUAGGGCACUGUCUUCUUCUGUCAGAUUAUACUGGUUCUUUGCUCAUAGUCAUGGGGAAAAAAAUCCAUAAAAUAAUAUUUUGGAUGACUUGCUCCUAACAACCUUGAUCUGUAUAUAGUUGGGAAUUUGGCUGGUUGGUUGUUGACUUGUUGGUUAAUCAGGCAAAAUGGUUUAUUAAAUACAAAAAUAGAAAAUGAUUUAUUAAAUUCAGAAAAAAAUAUGAAGUUUACAAAGAAACCAAAAGUGGUAAAGGGAGCAUCUAAUGUUAAAAAACCUAGGUUGACAGAGUUCUUAUAAUACACAAAAGAGUAUGAUCACAGUCCAGGAACAAAUACAGCUGUUACUUUAUUGAAACAGAUUUCUAAAGAACAUGUUAGGAAAUCAAGUCCACUAGAACAACUCUUUCAUAGUGAUGAGAAGUAUGUCAUGUCUGUUGAUGGCAAACCCACUCUAUACCUUGGUUUUAGACUUUAGGUGUUCUUCAAAAAUGAAUUCCUGCCACAUGCAUGUACAUUGUAUUUAUAAAGAUCUUAUAUGUAGCUUCCCUGGAAGAAACUAAGAACUAUACACCACCGUAGACUUGGUUUGGUGAGUGAGCUGUUGUGUCCGAUAUAGACAGAAAACCUGAGGAGAACACAAGAGGGGCUCUCAUUUUUCCAGUGGUUUCCCGAGUCUUCAGUGCAAGUACCCAGCACAUGUUUACCUUAUGAACUGAAAUGAAGAUUAAUUUAUUCUAGACUACAAAGCUGCUUUGGAAUGAUGAAGUACAGGUAUACUUGAGAGUUUUUUUUUUUUUUUUGAAAAAACAAAAUGUUCACUGCGUCAAGAGGAAGGUGUGAGACUUGUGGGCGGGCCACCCCCAAAGAACAGACCGCACACCCCACGGAAGUUCAGAAGAAAGCUGUGAGGACCUGGGCAGUGGGGCUCGGCCAGCCGCACAUCCCGGCUGCAGAGACAGCCGUGAUUGUUGGCGAGCAGAACAUGACCGUCGUAGGAUGCCGAGGUGGACAGUAUCUGCUGGUUAGACAGUCACCUCUAACUGCUACACUAACAUUUGCAUUCUUGGUCCCACAAAUCUCUCCUUGACUCUUUGAACAACCACAGCUACAAACUUCAUCACAGCUCAGACGUCUCAGCACUGAGGUCAACUUGCUGUUGUCAUCACAGCGUACGCUUUUGGUGUCUUACUGAUUUUGUUGGCGCUGUACUUGGAGCUGUCCUUGUAAACGUAGAGACGUCUGUGUGGCUUCAUUGGUAAGUCCAAGCUCAGGAUGCCGUGUCGUGACACCUGUACGAAAACGUGAUGAUCGAACUCACUGCGUCCAGCACGUGAAAUAAAACGUCUGCCUCUCGAGAUGCCUCUUGAUGACGCCACUUAACAGAUUCUAAAUGUGCUGACUGUCCCUGUGUACAUAUGUGUGUUAAAACGGAACUGUACUGAAGGUGGUUUUUCUCAUUAAAAACGUGCAUUCUUUUUAAGCAUUCUCCAUUGAGGUCUCCCCCCACCCCCACCUUUGGUAUUAAAGUAAGCCUUCUAUUUCUGUUUGGCUCUUCAUUUCCCUGGAAAACCAGCUUCCAGAAAGGUGAACCUGUCCACAGAGGAGGCCAGAGCCCGGAGUCCUCCAGGACUGUGGAAGUGACAACCAAACUCUCCUACCGAGACUCCACGGCGCCCUCUGUGGCUUGGGCAAGGGAAUUGCAUGCACAUUGCUUUAUCUCCACCCUAAAUUGCUCCUAAAUAGACUGUUAAUUGUACCAAAUUAUAUCUCGUCAGAUUUGAUGACAUGGGUUGGCUGCCCUGCGGUGGGGGCUGGACUGAGAUCAUUAAAUCCAUUUCACUUAAUAUUCCA